CCUGCACUGCUCUGGGGCCCUGGACAUGUGCUGUGUGCUCACGUGUGCAUGUGCACAGCACUGUGCGCACAUGUGCUCACAUUUGCACGUGCCUGUGCAUGGGGGUGGUGCACAUGGGUGCUCACAGUUGCAGCAAGUGUGCGCUGACUCGCCUUGCAAGCACGGUUGCCCAGGCCCUGUGUCUGUGCAUAUGUGUGUGCAUGCGUGUGCAGCUGCUCCACGGCUGCAUGCCCCAGCUCUGCUGGGCUCCCGGGGCUGCAGUGUCUGAGUGCCGGCGCUGGGGCUAGGUGCCCCAUCCAGGUGGUGGAGCCAGGCGAUGUGUUCCGGGGGCCGCCACCGUUGCCUGAGGCCAUGGUACUCUGGGUGCUCCGACGGUCAGGGCGGUCAGGGCCGCCGUGGCUCGGCUCUAUUUGCCCGGACUUCGCCCGGGCGCCAGGGGCCGAGCUGCCGCGCCGCCCCGUGAUCUGGCCCCAUAAAGCAUCUGCGGGGCCAGAUCACGGGCUGGAUCGCGGGCUGGAGCGAGGGAGCCGCCGGCAGGAGUGUUCUUGUCCACAUUCCCAAGCGGAGCCGAGUGGAGCUGAGCUGAGGGCGGCCCCGGGCCCAGCACCUCGGAAGCAUGGCCAGGACGGACGCCCGGGCGAUGGCAGCAGCGCUGCUGCUGCUGCUCUGCGCAGGGACGCCUACAGCAAGGGCUCGGAGGCAGUGUUGACCUACACGGGGAUCCUCACGGACCAACUCUACCACUGGUGGUGUGGGGAGCAGUGACCCCCCACGCCUGAGUCCUAAUAAAGCCAAGGUGCCGCCAC